AUGAGACCUACCCCCACAGCUUUGGCACUCCGAGUUAAGCUCCCCAAACCAGAACUCCCUAGAUAUGUAUUCCAGGACCUAAGUUCUGUGUCGUAUCGCGACUUGCCCAACAACGGAUUUGGGAUCAACAACUAUUACAUCACCAAGACGAAGUUUCAUCAUUGGCCAGUCUACAAGAAGAUCCAAAAUACCAAAAUAACGACAGAGAUAAAACGUAUUCAGGGAGAUUUGCAUAAAUUGAAACAGGACCUACUUGACGCUUAUCCUCAUUUUGAAAUAAACAUGAAUCAAAGUGCGGGAAUUUUGAAUAUCAAAGGAGAUGUGACUAAGGAAGUUAAUGAGCUUUUUGAUAGGCAAAUACACCUAUAG